AUGUUCCUGCGCCCUGCAUUGCUGUCUGUGGCUGCUUUUGUGACAAAGAUGGAUAUGUCUGGGCUUACAUGUGGUAGUAUCUCGGUACCUGGAGAGUCGCCUAUUCGGUCGGCAACAGCGCCGAAUAAUGAGGUAGACGCCAUUUUAGACCCUGCCGCUGUGUGGAAAGAAAAGGAGGUUGCGAAUGCUUUUACAGAUAUCCGUGAAUCGGUGCCCUUGGCAAAAGAACAGCUGGAUCUCAUGGUCCGGAUCAUUAAAACCUUCCACCAGCCAAACGGCGGCGCUCGCCCCUUUACCUGGCUGGACCUUGGCUGCGGCGAUGGUCCUCUCGGGAGAGCGCUGUUGGAGGCCUUUCCAGACUCCCAAGGAACGUUUUUGGAUUUUUCAGAACCCAUGUUAGAGACUGCAAAGUCCAAAAUUGAUGCCAUGGGCAUGACCCAUCGUGUUUCGUUGGUGCAAGGAGAUCUUUCCAGUCCUCGUUGGAUGGAGGCACUGAACCAACAGCAACCAAAAGUGGAUGCGAUUGUGUCUGGAUUUGCCAUUCAUCAUUUGACCAACGAACGGAAGCAGGCUCUGUAUCAAGAGUUGUACGAUAUGUUGUCUCCUGGUGGUGUAUUCCUAAAUCUAGAGCAUGUGGCGUCUCCGUCGCUGGAAGUCGAAAAGAUAUUUGACGGGGCGUUUGUGGAUUCCAUGCACCGCCAUUUUGAAGGCGCCAAGACCUAUGAAGAAUGUGAGCAAGCCGUGUACUAUGAUUUGAACGUGGAUGCUGAAGCAAACAUCGUGGUGUCUGCGGAAACUCAAUGCGAAUGGCUGAGAUCUUGUGGAUUCCAACACGUGGAUAUCUAUCUCAAGUACUUGAUCCUUGCCCUUUUCGGCGGGGUCAAGAAACAAGAGGAUGAAGCUAGUGCGCCUUUGUAG